CACAACCACCGUCACUCAUUCCAUUUUGCUGUUCAAGCGACAAUAACAUCAUGGCUGCAACAGCUGCAGCGGCAGUGGCUUCAUCGUUUUCUCAAUCCAUCAACGCCGUCAAAUGCAUGCGUUUCAAGCAACUCACGCCCGAUCGUCAUCAAUCCCUCAGAAUCCCAUCCGCUCGAGUAUUAUCUUCGGUAUCUCAUCUUCGUCAUCACUCUUACUUUACUCACGAGCUUUUUCCCACCGUUCAGAAGGGGCGAACGCUUAAGGUGUCCGCCGCUGUUGCUCAACAGGAGACGGCGGAAACCACCCCGGUGGAAGCCGAAGGUGAAGGUGAAGUUGAAGUUGAGACUGUUGUGAACACUAAGCUUUACUUUGGGAACUUGCCUUACAAUGUUGACAGUGCUCAACUUGCUGGGAUUAUACAAGAUUAUGGCAGUCCAGAGCUUGUUGAGGUGCUUUACGACAGACAAACUGGGAAAAGCAGAGGCUUUGCAUUCGUCGCAAUGAGCACCAUUGAAGACUGCAACACAGUUAUCCAAAACCUCGAUGGAAGCGAAUAUCUUGGUCGAACAUUAAGAGUGAAUUUUUCCGACAAGCCUAAACCGAAAGAACCGUUGUAUCCGGAAACCGAAUUCAAGCUUUUCGUGGGGAACCUAUCGUGGUCCGUGACGUCGGAAACCUUAACACAGGCUUUCCAGGAAUAUGGGAAUGUGGUCGGAGCUAGGGUUUUGUACGACGGCGACACAGGAAGGUCCCGAGGUUAUGGUUUCGUCAGCUACUCAACAAAAUCAGAGAUGGAAGCUGCCAUUCAAUCUCUCAACGGAGUGGAACUGGAAGGAAGGGCAUUGCUAGUGAGUCUGGCGCAAGGAAGACGAUCAUAAAC